CUCGUGUCAUAUUCUGCCUGCUUAUUCAUCAAGUUUGGCACGGCAAGUCACUGCGGUUCGACCAGUCUCUAUCUCUUAAUGGAUUUCAAAUAAUCUUUCACUCGAUAUCGACUGCAAGGAAGAGUUCUUGUGUCAACGAUAAGACCAUGCAAUGCGUCAUUCCUAACAAGGCAACAACUCCUGUUUCUGUUAUUGUCGUCGGUUUCAAACUGCAAACAGUCUGUUUCCGGGAGAGCUAUUCCACACUUGGGAUCCCAAAGGAAUGAUGCUAUAAGUUCUCAACUCAGAAACACAGUAUUGACGCCAGCAGCCCUCAACUCCCUGCCUUUAAGUCAAAGCAUGGAGUCAUCAGAUGGCCAGCGUGGCCGGGAUGGCUCUCAGAAAAGGUCUGCCAUAGAUUUGAUCAUGAACCAGAUCCGAAGGAAGACCUCGUUUGAAAGGCGACAGAGACCUGUUGGCUUCCUAUUCAGGCCAGGGGAAAACAAUGACAGGAAGAGCAGAAGCAUCUCAGAGAUGAAGGAGCCCGAUGGCUCCGAGGGGAAGAGCACAGCGUCAGGAACAGAUACCGACCCUGUUGAUAUGGAGGUCAGCUCUGUGGUGGGCUGGGGACGUGUGAAGCAGUUUGUGGAGAAGUUGGGGAAGAAACCAGACAGCCAGGCUCUCAACCUAAGCCACUGUGACCUUACAGCCACGGACGUGGUGGAAUUGGCAACUCUGUUGCCCUUCCUGACCCAGUUAGAGGUAGUAGACAUGUCUUGGAAUGACCUGGUCGGAGGCUCAUUGAAGGCUUUAACCUUUCACCUGCAGCAUGCUGGGAAGCUAAGUAUUUUGAGACUGUGUGGCUGCAGGAUUACAGCCCAAGACCUAACAUCACUUGGUGAGAGUCUGGACUCCGUCCCGCUGCUGGAGAUUGUCGACCUGUCCUGGAAUGCAGGAGUCGGGGGAGAUAGCCUGCACUGCCUCACCAGCCAGCUCCGUUCUGGCUGCAUGAUCAGGGCGCUUCGCCUGGUCGACUGCCAGCUCAGCGAUGCGGAUAUGAAGGCACUGGGCCAGGCCCUUCCCUUGAUGCCAAGUCUAGAAGAUUUAGAUGUCUCAUGCAAUAGGAUCACAACUGGCGGAGUGAAAGAACUGUUCUCUUGUGUGAAUACAACUCAUGGACUGAAGACACUAAUGCUACAUAUGUGUGGCCUUGAGCAGGAUGGCCUCUGCAUCUUUGGUGAAGCACUCCAGUUCUUUCCGACCCUGGAGCGCCUAGACCUUUCUGCCAACAAAGGGGCCAGUGGAGGACUUGCCAAGAUGACCAAGAACCUGGCACAGAUGACUCACUUGUCCUGCCUGGGUAUCCAUUUGUGUGGCUUGACAGAAGAGGACGUAAUGGCCUUGGUCCAGGUAAUACCCUCCCUCAGUGCUCUCACAGAGCUGGAUGUGUCAUCAAAUAAAAAGAUUGGAGAUGCUCUGCAGUCUCUCCUCUCUGUACUUCCGCUGCCCAAGAUGCGCAGCCUUCUUCUGAACAACUGUGGCCUGAGCACAGACUCAUAUGAAGCACUAGGCUCGGCCGUGCCGUCGCUCUCGCAGCUGGAGCGGCUGAACGUGGCGUGGAACAAGAGCGUGGGCGGAAAUCUGGGGCUGCUGCUGGGAGGCCUGCCGCCGUGCACAUGCAAGCUGCAGGAGCUGCGACUGAGCAGCUGUGAUCUAACCACAGAGGAUGUGCUUCACUUAGCGUCUGCCUCCAAGCAGGGGGUGCUCUCCCAGGUGAAGCUGCUCGACUUGUCAUACAACGGGACGGUGGGCGACGCCGGCUGGACUGCGUUGUUCGGCGAGGCUGGGGGCCUGAAGGCGUUGGAGGAGCUGGAUGUCAGCCGGAGGCCGGCGUCGCACGCCGCGGCGUCCCCGUGGCUGGCUUGCCUGCUGGAGGCCCUGCCCAAGCUGCCCGCGCUCACGCACCUGGCCCUGCAGCACUGGGUCCUACAGCAGGAGGAGAGGGACAAACUGGAGAAUGUCACGACCAAGAGGAAACUCACAGUGGAAUGUGACAAACAGAGCUCACCACCGGCCUAGUCAGAUCAACUGUGGGUGUAGCAAAAAAAUGUGUGAUUCUAUAAUGUGCCAUGACAAAACAAAUCAAGAAUAGGCUAUGUGCAGGCUGUUCAGGUACCUUUUUUGCUUCCAGUGGAGCAUUAGCUUGGUUGUAACGGCAUAUUUUGCUCCUUACAUGUUCACUCAAACACUGAAGACACGGUUUGCCCAAUAAUAACAAUGUUAACACACACAGUAAAGUCCUUUUACAUCAUAACAUGCUGAUUAACCAGGUGUAACAACCAAGCAGGUCUAUGUAGACAUUAAUUACAUUAACAACAGCGGCAGGUUCAACCACACCUGGGCUCCACCGGAAAGAAAUGAGUCCUCCGUGCACAUAGCCUUUUGUUCCAAAAUGUAAUUCAUUACUACAUGGCACGCCAAAUUGUAAUUGAAAACAGUAAGCAAAGCAUAGCUUCAAGUUCAAUGAAAUAACUGAUCAUUUUCCAUUGAUGAAUUGCCGGAAUGAUUUCCACCAUGACAAUGAUGUUCUAAUCAAAAUGAGAUAGAUUUACAUGAAGGCAUUUAUUUGGUAAAAAUGAGUUCAUGCAUUUUUCUUGUUUGGUGCCUUCUUAUCUAUUCCUUUGUUUGUCUUGUCCUUGUCCUUGUCUUUGUCCUUUGAGUCUUUACCACCUUUUGUCGUUCCUUGUUCCUUAAAAGGGCCCAACUUCCUACGUACCAUUAUCCCCCUC